AUGAAGCAUUUAUCAAGAAAUGGACGAGCAACAUUCAUUCUACAAAUCGUCGAUAUAGUGACAAGGAAAAGACAAAGACGGAAUCAUACAAACGCACACGUAUACGAGAAUAGAGAAACGGACAACGAACAUAAAGAAUUGCACGACCCUGUAACCCAGACGCCACGGUGCAAAGCGGCGGCUCUUCAAAAGAUUCACGAUUGCCCGUUCAGAUUAACCGGCAUGCAGAUCGUUACAUCGUUACAAAGAGAGGGUUCGAGAGGGGGUUCUAGGUGUACAAACGGUACUAAAAGUGGUAGGGGAUUUUUGUGUGAUGGUAGUGGGCACGAAAGUUGGAUAGGUGUUACGAAGACAAACUGGAAGGGCGGGGAUCGGCGAAGAAAGGCAAGAGCUAUAAAAGAGGCACCGGACCGGACGAUGGGCAUCAAACACCUCAACAUGAAGGUGUUCGCGAUUACUAUCCUCUUGGCGUUCGUUGCCAGCGCCUACGCCGGUUACAUAAGCAGCGGCUGGUCCGGCGGUGGUGGUGGCUGGUCCGGAGGUGGUGGGGGUUGGUCUGGUGGCGGCGGUGGCUGGGCCGGAGGAGGCGGUGGCGGCGGUGGAAAAAUCAUCAAAGUGAUCACCGUGAGCGGAGGAGGCGGUGGAUGGCCUAGUGGCGGCGGCGGCGGUGGCUGGUGGUAAAGGAUACCUGGACCCGCGGAUAAUUAGUAGGAAAUUUUGCUCACCGAUCACCACCAAUGCACACCUUGGCUGUAAUCAUUGACCGGAGGUUCACGAAGGCAUUCUGACUACUCUUGCGCUUUUCGUUUCUUUAUUCUUACACGCAUCAAGAAGACCGUUGUCGAAGAACGUACAAAAGGAGAAGAAUUGUUUCUUCUUCCACCUCGUCGACUUCUUUUUCUUCUAUGCAAUGAGAUCAUUGCUCUGAGGAACCUACAGAAGAGGACUUACAACAACACGUUUCCAUUUGUUCAAGGAAUAAAUGCGGGUAGAGGGAAAGAAUGGAAAAUAGUGAAGUAAGGGGAUCCAAGACCAACAACGGCCACGAACACGUUGCCGAGGAUAUGUUUCUUCGCAGUAAUCUGCGCUCCGUGAACGGUCCUCCGGCAAACGCUGGUUGAGAUUGCCAAUCCACUACCGGCAAACUUUGGAUCCGUCUUCCAUAAUCUGGAUACGAAAAUCCCUACUCGAGCGCGUGUUUUCUUUCGAUUAGGAAUUCAGUAUCAAUCUAAAAUAUCUCGCGAGAGCGUUCGGGAUGCAUUCCGACUAAAAUAUUUAGCGAAUAAUGUUGUAGAUAUUGUAAAUUCGAUCACACGUCAGUAUGGAAUGUGUGUAAGCACAUAAAAUUCAGUUUCACGUGUCAACUGGGACGAAAUAUUGAAAAACAGUGAGUACGACGUAACGCGAACCAUCACGGUAGGCAAGAAAUUUUUGUACGUUUUUUAAUAAAUUCCACGUGCGAUCAGCUUU